AUGGAAAAGAGGGGGAUGGGCAAAGGGAGAGGGAUGGGGAAAGGGGAGAGGGAUGGGGAUAGGGGAGGGAUGGGGAAAGGGAGGGAUGGGAUAGGGAUGGGGAAGGGGGGAUGGGGAAAGGGAGGGAUGGGGAAAUGGGGGUGGGGAAGGGGAGGGAUGGGGAAAGGGAGAGAGAUGGGCAAUAGGGGAGGGUUGGGGAAAGGGGAGGGAUGGGAUAGGGAUGGGGAAAGGGGGGAUGGGGAAAGGGGAGGGAUGGGGAAAAGGAGGGAUGGGAUAGGGAUGGGGAAGGGGGGAUGGGGAAAGGGAGGGAUGGGGAAAUGGGGGAUGCGGAAGGGGAGGGAUGGGGAAAGGGAGAGAGAUGGGCAAUAG